GGACGAGGUGGGAGAUGAGAGCAUAACUGUAUCGGCUCAAGAUACAAUGCCUCGGAGCGAGAAUACCAGCCCUACGGAUUUGACGCAGCAAUACAUGGCAGAUGCGACCAACCAGAGUGUAGAGUUGCAAGACUAUGGCAUGUCAUCCCAUCUCAUGGAGCGGAGCGGCACGGGCUCACGGGCUGUAACGUCGGUGCAACAGUCACCUGAGCCCUCUCAAGAAGAUCUUCAGGGUCACUACAUCGGUCCAGCCUCUGGCGUGUCGUUUCUUCUCAGGGUCCAGAAGCGUAUGCAUCAAGCAAUAUCGUUCUCUGGCCCAGGAAGCAUCUUCACUUUCGGUGAUGCACCCCUUCAUAAUCCUGACUAUGAUCCCAACUUUUGUAUGAUGCUUCCCAAAGAGGAUGCUCAGCGCUUGGUUGAUCGUUACUUCGACUUUGCCAUGCCAACCUACCGCUUUCUACACCGACCCACGAUUCAAGAAUGGUUCUCUGAGUUUUAUGAGACGCUGGGUACUAUGCGUGAUCCGAAUAAUUCUGCCGCUAAAGUCGCUUUACUCUUCAUGAUCUUAGCCCAUGCUAGGGUCUACAUGCCUGAGAACGACAGACCAGGGCCCUCGGAUCUGAGCUCACGGUAUUACUUGGCAGCUGAGCAUCAACUCUCGAAAGAGAGUGGUUCCAUACGACUCACUAGCGUUCAGGCUCGUCUUCUGCAGUGCUACUACCUCGGAACUCAGUCCCGUGUCAACCAUUGCUGGAGUCAGUUUGGUAUCGUCACGAACCUAGCGCUUGCUAUCGGGCUGAAUCGAAACAAGCGACCCGGCGUUAUAAGCGGACUGAACCAUAUCGAAGUAGAAAGUCGUCGAAGAACCUUUUGGUGCGCUUAUACUCUCGAUGCAUAUCUCAGUGUAUCUCUAGGUAGACCGCGUAACUUUCAUGAUGACGAUAUCGAUACAGAGCUUCCAGCUUGUGUCGAUGAUAAUGACAUAACCAAGGAUCAUAUCAAUCUUGCUGGCUCAACUAAGGGCUACUCGGUUAUGCUUGCCCCUCUUGGACAUAUGAAGCUCGCUCGCAUCAUCGGCCAGAUACUGCGGGGCCUUUACUCAGUCAAGCCUAUCUCGAUCUCCAAACGCUUAGAGGAGACACAACUCGUCUCAAAAGCUCUCGCAGAUUGGCGAGCUGAAUUCUCCCAGUUUCUCGAUGCCGACUACUUUAGUACAUCAUUUCUCGUCCCAAUCGUUCAACGGCAACGCAACGUUCUAAAUUUGACCUACUGGCAUGCUAUAAUACUCACGCAUCGGCAAGCGGUCCUCAACAACUUUGCACGGAUCUCACGGAAUAGAAGGGGCAGUGAGAACGAUGCUGCAACCCAAGAGAGCGUUCAAAGGUGUCUUGAAGCUGCCAUCCAAACAGUUGGUCUGAUCGAUGAGAUGACCGACAACGGACAGAUGUUCCGGGCAUUCUGGGUCUGUACGGCCAGUUCUUUUUCCGAUGUCAAAACUAACCGAUAUCAGGUUACGGCAUAUUUUGCCUUUACUGCAGCCAUGGUUCUGUAUAUCUACGUGAUCCAGAAAUGGGCAUCACCUCCUGAAACCUACAGCGAAUACUUUACAGCUGCAGCUCGAUGCCAAUCGCACAUGUCAACCAUGGUCGAGAAGGGCUCGUUGUCAGAACGAUACUGCUUCCUGUUGGAAGAACUACGGGUUGAGGCCUUACGCCAGGUGAAUCGGAUGCAUCCCAACGUGUUUGCUAGCCUGGAGGGGCAUGCACAAGACAACGCUUUCCAGUCCAAUGUUAUACCGAUGGACACACCGAGCGACAAGACUUCUUAUACGGAUUUAAUGGGAGAGAAUGGGCUGGACUUUAAUGGCAUGUCUGGUGUUGACUUUUCAGGCUGGGGUCAAUUUGCAUCUAUGGUUUCGUCGGGCUUGGGUAACCUGGAUGCUUUCCUUGAUGAUGAGGUCUUUCGGCUUUAG